UAAUUGGACGACAAAAUAUGCAUUCAAAGAAUCUCGACCAACCAUCUUUGGAGCUGCAGCUUGAGAACAGGGCCUGCACCUCGUUGAGCAAUGAAAUCAUGGAGAAGACUCGUGAACUGAGGCAGAUGAAGGGAGAAGAGCUCCAAGGAUUGAAUAUGGAAGAACUAAAGAAACCAGAGGAACUUCUCGAGGAAGGCUUGAGUCGCGUUUUAAAAGCAAAGGAUGAAAGAUUUCUAGAAGAGAUGAGUGCCCUUGAGCGGAAGGUAUCCCAACUGAUGGAGGAUAACCAGCAACUAAAACAGAUGGAUAAACAGUUUAACAUUAAAACACAUGCAAUUGAACAAGGUCAGUCAUCUGAGUCGAUCACCAAUAUUUGCAGCUCAGCUGAUCCCCUUCAAGACCAAGACAACAACGACACUUCUCUCAAGUUGGGGACUGGUCCACGUUUAGAGUUGAAGGCUUCCAAGGAGCCUCCAGGACUGACUCAGCAACUUGACAAUAGCAGGCUGGAGAGCUUGGCUGAAACUGAAAAUGUGUGUGACUUUUUCGAAGAUCUGAAACAUCGAUUUCUUAGAUUCAAAAAGCGUAAAUUCAAAGAAAACUUGGAACAUUUUCAAAAUCUGGCCCAGGGUCAACCACCAAAGUUCAUGAUUAUUGCUUGUGCAGACUCUAGGGUUUGCCCCACAAACAUCUUGGGGUUUCAACCAGGAGAAGUAUUUGUGGUUCGAAAUAUAGCAAAUCUAGUACCCACAUUUGAGAGUGGACCCUCAGAAACAAAUGCUGCAUUAGAAUUUGCUGUAAAUGCUCUUAAAGUUGAGAACAUACUAGUCAUUGGCCACAGCCGCUGUGGAGGCAUUCGUGCCCUCAUGAGUAUGCAAGAUGAAGAAGAUUCGAGUAGCUUUAUUAGAAGUUGGGUUGUUGUUGGAAACAAUGCAAGGCUAAUCACAAAGUCUGCAGCUUCCAACCUAAGCUUUGACCAGCAGUGCGUGCAGACACUGAGAAGGAAUCAGUCAACCAUUCCUUGUCAAAUCUGCUCACUUACCCAUGGAUAGAAGAAAAAGUGGCUAGAGGAGAACUCUUUGUGCAUGGUGGGUACUAUGAUUUCGUUGAGUGUACAUUUGAGAAGUGGACAAUGGAUUAUGAAUGAGGCAAGUUACAGAAGAAUAGCAGAUUUGCAGUCAAAAACCAAUUUUACUGGUGCUGAAUUUUGCUACCACCUUCUCUGUAUGGUUUAUAAUGUUAUGUUCUUUUAGUUUUUGGCCUUUUCAGAAUUUAUUUUGAUUACGAAAGCUGAAGCAUAGGCUUGAUUUAUAGACAUUGAAAAUAAUUGAAAAAUACUGUUGAUCUGUCAAAUUUUAGGGAAUAUCUACCCUGUUGUAUAUGUGUCUCAAUGAAAUAUGUUCUUUUCACUGUAUAAUAUACCUAUAUUUCUGA